AUGUGGGGACACAGCAACCAAAGCUUCCAAGGAGAAUUUAUCUUGGUGGGAGUGGCUGACCGGCCACGCUUGGAGAUGUUGCUCUUUGCCCUUCUUCUUGUCUGCUACUUGAUGAAUCUCCUAGGCAACACAACCAUCAUUGUGGUGUCGAGACUAGAUCCCGGGCUCCACACUCCCAUGUAUUUCUUCCUCAACAACCUUUCCUUCCUUGACAUCAUCUUCACCACCAGCAUUGGGCCCCGCAUGCUGGUGACCUUCUGGAGAAAAAGCAAGGCCAUCUCUUAUGGUGCCUGCGUAACUGAGCUCUGCAUCUCCCUUGCUCUGGGCUCUGUGGAGUGCAUUUUGUUGACUGUCAUGGCCUAUGAUCGCUAUGCCGCUAUCAGUCAUCCACUGCAGUACACUACCAUUAUGAGCCCCUCUGUGUGUAUCACAAUGGCUUCUGUCUCCUGGUUAAGCGGCUUCAGCCAUUCACUAAUUCAAACAGUGAUGACUCUUAGACUUCCGCUGUGUUGGCGAAAUCAGUUAGAUCAUUUCUUUUGUGAGCUUCCUUCCUUUCUUAAAUUGCCUUGUGUUGACACUUCCCUCAAUGAGGUUUUGUUACUUGCAGGUAGUGUGAUGUUCCUCGUAGUACCAUUUUGUCUCAUCACAAUCUCUUAUGGCUAUAUCGCAACUGCAGUGAUGAGAAUCCAGUCAGCUGAGGGCAGGAAGAGGGCCUUCAACACCUGUUCCUCCCAUUUGAUAGUGGUCUGGCUCUUGUUCGGCACGGCCAUCUUCAGUUAUCUGCUGCCUCAUUCCAACACCCCUGGUGAUCAAGGCAAGAUUUUUUCCCUUUUCUAUAUCUUUUUCACCACCACGUUUAAUCCACUGAUCUAUACUUUGAGGAACAAAGAAGUGCAUAAGGCUCUCCAAAGACUAUUGAUGAAGAAAUAA